GGGGCCGCGGGGCGCUCCCGCACGCGGGUCCCAGGUGGCGGCGGCAGCACCGGCCUCGCUCCGGCCCCGCCCCCGCCGCUCCGGCCCCGCUCCCGCCGCGCGCGCAGCCGCCGCCGCCGCCCGCCCCUUCCCGCCGCCCGGCAGGAGCUGCCAUGGCCUCGCGCAAGAGCUCCCGCGGCGCGGGCGGCAGCCCCAGCCCCGGCUCCAGGAGAGAGAACUUGAGCUGUGAAGUUCUGAUUUACUCCAAGUGAUUAUUUCCUGAUGAAGAUCACAAGCUGAGACUAAGCAUGGAGGAAGCAAGAAUGGAAAGAAAGAAGGCCUCUCUGGAAGCUCUUUUUUCACCUGGUUUAUGGUAAUUGCGUUGCUGGGAGUAUGGACAUCAGUAGCAGUUGUUUGGUUUGAACUUGUAGAUUAUGAAGAAGUUCUAGCCAAAGCAAAGGAUUUCCGUUAUAACUUGUCAGAGGUCCUACAAGGCAAGCUUGGGAUGUAUGAUGCUGAUGGAGAUGGAGAUUUUGAUGUGGAAGAUGCUAAAGUGUUGCUAGGUGAGGAGCCAGGAGGGGUAGCCAAGAAAAAAACUAAAGUCAAAGGCCUUAAAGAAAGAUCUGUCCCAGCACAGCCAGCUUCACCAGAAUCUGAUGAGACGAUCCAGUCUGCAGAGAAGUCGUAUGUCGAAUCAGAAGUCAAGAAUGCUGACAUAGACAUGGAAGAGGAAAUUCAGUCUGUUCUUCACGAGGCUCUCCAUUCCCACCCUGGAGAGAGGCAUGAAGAUGUAGAUCAAAGUAUAAAUGAUCAGUGGCAAGUGAAGGAAGAAAUACAUGGAGAAACUCUUGAAGCUCCUACAACAGAUGACUUGCUCAAAGAAUUAGAAAAUGAAAUGCAAGAAGCUUAUGAGACACCCGAUUCAAUUCAGAAAGAUGCUGAUCUUUUGGCAGAAGAUCUUGGAGCAGUGGAGCCUGAACCAUAUGAAGCUCCAGUUUCAUAUGAAUUUGAUGUGGAAGUAGAAAAUACAGUAAGCGAUCCAGAAGCUCCAGGUGACCCUGAGAUAAUGCUAGAAGAUGCUAUGGAAUAUUAUUUAGAGGAUAAAGUGCAAGACGAUUAUAAUGAAGACAAUGAACCAAAACAUGAUACACAUGAUAAGACUGACACUCAAGAUACAGCUGUUGAGGACCUUCCAGAGGAGGAGAAUGAAGCUACAGAGCCAGAUGAAAAUAUUGAAGAUUUUGAUACUGAUAAAGAGCUGCCAGUAGAAAGUAAGCAUACAGAAGAGGCUGUCUCUACUGAACCGGAGCAAUCAGAAAUGCCUGUUGAAGCUGAGGAUUAUUCAAAUGCUGAUCUAGUGGGGAAAAGUGAAAAAGAAACUGAACAAGACAAAACAGAAAAAGCUCAAAGGAAGAAGAAGCCAAAGCUCUUAAACAAGUUUGAUAAGACCAUUAAAGUUGAACUAGAUGCUGCAGAAAAACUACGUAAAAAAGGAAAAGUUGAAGAAGCUCUAAAGGCCUUUGAAGCAUUAGUGAAUCAAUAUCCACAGAGUCCUCGAGCAAGAUACGGGAAAGCACAGUCUGAAGAUGACUUAGCUGAGAAAAUGAGAAGUAAUGAGAUGCUGCAAAAAGCCAUCAACACCUAUGAUGAGGUGGUUAGUCUGCCAAAUGUCCCUUCAGAUCUGAUAAAACUGAGCUUGAAACGAGAAGCAGACAGACAGCAGUUUCUUGGUCGCAUGAGAGGUUCCCUGAUUACUCUACAGAAAUUAGUUCAGCUGUUUCCCAGUGAUACUUCAUUCAAGAAUGACCUUGGUGUUGGUUACCUCUUGAUAGGAGAUAACAACAGUGCCAAGAAAGUAUAUGAAGAGGUUCUAAGCCUCAUGCCAAAUGAUGGCUUUGCUAAAGUACAUUAUGGCUUCAUCCUGAAGGCAGAAAACAAGAUUGCAGAGAGCAUACCCUAUCUAAAGGAAGGACUAGAGUCUGGUGACCCUGGCACAGAUGAUGGACGCUUUUAUUUUCAUCUGGGUGAUGCCAUGCAGAGAAUGGGAGACAAAGAGGCAUACAAGUGGUAUGAACUUGGAUACCAAAGAGGUCACUUUGCAUCAGUUUGGCAGCGCUCCCUCUACAACGUUAAGGGACUGAAAGCUCAACCAUGGUGGACUGCAAGGGAAACUGGUUAUACUGAACUGGUGAAGUCCUUAGAAAAAAACUGGAAGCUCAUUCGGGAUGAGGGGCUUGCUGUGAUGGAUAAAAAAAGAGGCCUCUUCUUGCCUGAAGAUGAGAAUCUACGAGAAAAAGGAGACUGGAGCCAGUUUACCUUAUGGCAACAAGGAAGAAAAAAUGAGAAUUCGUGUAAAAGUGUUCCAAAAACUUGCACUUUAUUGGAAAGAUUCCCGGAAGCUACUGGCUGUAGAAGAGGGCAGAUCAAAUAUUCUAUCAUGCACCCGGGGACUCAUGUUUGGCCUCACACCGGGCCCACCAAUUGUCGCCUAAGGAUGCAUUUGGGCUUGGUGAUACCUAAGGAAGGCUGCAGAAUUCGGUGUGCCCAAGAGAACAGAACCUGGGAAGAAGGGAAAGUUCUUAUUUUUGAUGACUCUUUUGAACAUGAAGUAUGGCAAGAUGCUAAAACUUACCGCCUGAUAUUCAUUGUGGAUGUGUGGCACCCUGAGUUGACAGCACAAGAGAGACGCACCCUUCCUGCUAUUUAAGAGGUUACUUCUGAUGUGAAAGGCAGGGUAGUUUUAAUCCCUUUGGAAUAUGCCAACAGGAUUUGCUUAUCCAGCAUAUGAAGACUUACAAGUAUUCUAAGAGUUAGGAGACAUAAGGAUGAUAUUCUACAAGCACGGAGGACUUGAUUUAGAAAAGAAAAGAAAAGAAAAGAAAAGAAAAGAAAAGAAAAGAAAAGAAAAGAAAAGAAAAGAAAAGAAAAGAAAAGAAAAGAAAAGAAAAGAAAAGAAAAGAAAAGAAAAGAAAAGAAAAGAAAAGAAAAGAAAAGAAAAGAAAAGAAAACCAUUAUUUUUUCAUACUGAUACAGCACUGAUACGAUUUUUUUUUUUUCUGGCUGCAAGUUUGAAAAUAAAAAUCUUGUCAGCCAAAGAGCAAUAGGUCUGGAUUUUCAAGCUGAGGAAUGUGCAGAUGCUUUUGUCAUGUCUGUAUUAUGUGUACAAAACUGGUUACCUGCUCAGCCAUGUUCAGGCAUGAGAUUUGUAAUUCUACAUCUGGGAGAUACUUCCCAGGCUUUUAUUUGGGAAGCAACAUGUAAGAUAUUUACAAACAUAUGCACAAAACCAACUUUGAAAAUCAGUAUGCAGUUGUAAUGUUAGCUGCUUAAGGCAUAGAACAUGUCCCUGUGUUGCCAACUGUAGAUAAUGUGAAUGGAUUAUGUAUGGUUUGUAUUUUUUUCUACCUGAGUAACUGUAUUUUUCUAGCAUAAUUAUGAACAAAUCUUUAAUCAACCACUAUUUUAAAAAAUAUUAUAUAUAUGUAAGUGCAUGUUUAGCUAUCAGCAGAAGGAAAACACUAUGUAUUUCAUUUUUACCAAGCGUGGCCUUCUCUCACCUUCCUGGAAAUGCAAACCAAAACUUGCAUAAUCAGCUGCUUAGUGAACCUUUGUUCUGCUAAAACAAAAAUAGUUCUCUUAGUUAGCAGGCAGCCUUCAGUUUUACAAUGUGAUUUUGGAAGAUGCUGAGCGAAUGUGACGUCUGUAGGCUCAGAUCUGAAAGUGCUUGACAGUUCUUAGGACCAUGUGGUGAACUGCUGUUUCUCCUGUCUUUACAAAGGCUUGUGUUGUGAUAUCCAUUUUCUACCCAGCAAGAGUCUAAGGCACCUCCUUCCAGGGGCUCCUUCUAGGCUGUCCUUGGGUGGUCAUUCAGCAGAAAAAACACAUGAAGAAUUUUUCAUGCUUUGGGCAGAGGACAAGGUCUGACUUGGUUUCCUGCCAGAAUGCAGAACAGACAAAGGGCUUCAUGUUAUUAAGUUGUAUUAACUUCUGCUGCCAGUAUCCUACAGGGUGAUAGAAUGUUUCUUUAAUUGACCUAAUGGUGUUUUCCUUGUCUUGAUUUCUAUGACAUAAUGCUGAAAUCAUCUUAUCCCAGUACUGUUGACACUAUGCUCUGUAUUGGCGGUACAGGAUUCACUGUAUGAUAAAAAGGCCUUAUUUUCAAGAAAGAAAACUUGUUGGAUAUUUAGACAGUUGGCUGGUCUUUUGGGUCUGAACUGUUUAAUGGUAGGACCUUACACUGUUUACGUCUAAGAACACUAAAAGGAAAGAGAGACCUGAGGUUUUACUGGUGAUGUUUAUGGCUGGCUGUUAUCUAUUCACCUGCAAAACCAGCUGGGUGUGGAUAGGUGUGCUAGGAUGCUCAGGGCUUGUCAGGAGCAGGGGCAUCAUUUCUGAGGGUUUUGAGAGACAAACACUAAGUGAGGAGACACUGACGUUACUUCAUCUCCACAGCUUUGGCUUUGUUGUCCAAAAGAACCUGAACAAUCAUCUUAUUUGUUUAAUGUUCAGUGGUUUGGUACUGCAGAGACUAUGUCUCUGUACC